AUGUAUAAGAGCGUGGCGAGGCUUGCGAUACCUAGUUUUAGAUACCCGGUACCGCAAUUUCACCAUAAGCUACAAUUUAUAGGAGGUUUUACGUCGAUCAGGCCAAAAUCAACGAUAAAAGGCACCAUGAGCGCUGAACAGUUACCUCCAGUGGACCCCAAGACCGGAGAGAUUAUCAUCAAUCCUCUGAAGGAGGACGGGACCGAGAAGAGUAGUAAGGAGAUCGAGAAAGAGAGAAAGAAGGCCGAAAAGCUUUUGAAAUUCGCAGCCAAACAGGCCAAGAAGACCGAAGCUGCAAGCAAACAGGCUGCCGCUCCAAAGAAAGAAAAGAAGAAGAAGGAGGUGGAGCCUAUCCCAGAGUUUGUGGACAAAACUGUGGCCGGUGAGAAGAAGGUCCUCGUGUCCUUAGAAGACCCAGCUCUCAAAGCCUACAACCCCGCCAAUGUGGAGAGUUCCUGGUACGACUGGUGGGUGAAGUCCGGGUUUUUCGAGCCUGAGUUCACUGAGGACGGCAAGGUGAAACCUGAAGGCUUGUUCUGCAUUCCUGCUCCCCCUCCAAAUGUCACUGGUGCCCUGCACAUCGGACACGGUUUGACAAUUUCCAUCCAGGACUCUUUGAUCAGAUACAACAGAAUGAAGGGCAAGACUGUGCUUUUCCUACCUGGUUUCGACCAUGCCGGUAUCGCUACUCAAUCUGUUGUCGAGAAACAGGUGUGGGCGAAGGAAAAGAAGACUAGACACGACUAUGGCAGAGAGGCUUUUGUUAAAAAAAUAUGGGAGUGGAAAGAAGACUACCACAAGAGAAUUAAGACGCAAAUCAACAAGCUCGGUGCUUCUUAUGAUUGGAGCCGUGAAGCUUUUACUCUCAGCCCGGAGCUCUCAAAGUCUGUUACUGAGGCUUUUGUUAGAUUGCACGAAGAAGGCAUUAUCUACCGUGCUUCAAGACUGGUCAACUGGUCUGUCAAACUAAACACCGCCAUUUCCAAUCUCGAAGUGGAAAACAAAGAUGUCAAAGCCAGAACUCUGCUGUCCGUUCCUGGCUAUGAUGAGAAGGUUGAAUUUGGUGUCCUCACGUCUUUCGCAUACCCUGUCGUGGACUCCGAUGAGAAGCUGAUAGUGGCCACUACCAGACCUGAGACCAUGUUCGGUGACACUGGUAUCGCUGUCCACCCAGACGACCCUCGUUACAAGCACCUGCACGGGAAGUUCGUUCAGCAUCCUUUCUUGCCCAGAAAAAUCCCCAUCUUUUGCGACAGUGAGGCCGUUGAUAUGGAAUUUGGUACCGGUGCCGUGAAGAUGACCCCUGCCCAUGACCAAAACGAUUACAAUACUGGUAAGCGUCACAACCUUGAAUUCAUUAAUGUGUUGACUGACACCGGUCUGCUCAACGAGAAUUGUGGUCCUGAAUGGUGUGGCAUGAAGAGAUUUGAUGCCAGAAAGAAUGUUAUUGAGGCAUUGAAGCAAAAGGGGUUAUACAUCGGCCAAGAAGAUAACGAAAUGACUAUUCCUACCUGCUCAAGAUCAGGGGACAUUAUUGAACCUUUACUGAAGCCUCAAUGGUGGGUUUCUCAAUCUGACAUGGCCAAGGAAGCCAUCAAAGCUGUCAAAGACGGCAGAAUCACUAUCACACCUAAGUCUUCAGAGGCUGAAUACUUCCACUGGCUUGAGAACAUUCAAGACUGGUGUAUUUCUAGACAACUGUGGUGGGGACAUCGUUGCCCAGUCUACUUCGUUGAGAUUGAGGGACAAGAACAUGAUGAGAUUGAUGGUGAGUACUGGGUGUCUGGUAGAAACCUAGAAGAAGCUCAGGCUAAGGCUGCCAAGAAAUUCCCUAACGAGAAGUACACUCUAAGACAGGAUGAAGACGUUCUGGAUACGUGGUUUUCCUCUGGCCUGUGGCCAUUCUCUACUAUUGGCUGGCCCGAGAAAACCGAAGACAUGUCAAGGUUCUACCCAUUCUCAAUGUUGGAAACUGGUUGGGACAUCCUUUUCUUCUGGGUCUCUAGGAUGAUCUUGCUAGGCCUGAAAUUAACAGGCGAAAUUCCCUUCAAAGAAGUUUUCUGCCACUCGUUAGUUCGUGACGCCCAGGGCCGGAAGAUGUCUAAGUCUUUGGGUAACGUUAUUGACCCACUAGAUGUUGUUAGCGGUAUUAGCUUGGAGGAUCUGCAUGCCAAGCUCUUAGGUGGUAAUCUUGACCCAAGAGAAGUUGAGAAGGCUAAGAGUGGACAAAAAGAGUCUUACCCCAACGGUAUUCCACAGUGUGGUACCGAUGCUCUGAGAUUUGCUCUCUGUGCAUACACCACUGGUGGCCGUGACAUCAAUCUGGACAUCUUGCGUGUUGAGGGCUACAGAAAGUUCUGUAACAAGAUCUAUCAGGCCACCAAGUUCGCUUUGAUGCGCCUUGGCGGUGACUACCAGCCACCUGCCGAAGAGAAGUUGUCAGGUAACGAAUCGCUUGUUGAGAAAUGGAUCUUAACUAAAAUGACUGACUAUGCGAAGUCCAUCAAUGAAGCACUUGAAAAGCGUGACUUUUUGACUUCGACUAGUGGUAUUUACGAAUUCUGGUACCUGGUGUGUGACGUCUACAUUGAGAACUCUAAGUACUUGAUCAAUGAAGGCUCAGAAGCGGAAAAGAAAUCAGCUAAGGACACACUUUACAUUUUGAUCGACAAUGCGUUGAGGCUGAUCCAUCCAUUCAUGCCUUUCAUUUCCGAGGAAAUGUGGCAACGUCUCCCCAAGCGUUCUACUGAAACUUCGCCAACCAUCGUCAAAGCUUCCUACCCAGUCUACAAAAAGGAGUUUGAUGACAAGAAGGUUAGUGAGGAAUACGAAUUGAUUCUAGAUGCUAUCAAGGAGGCACGUUCCUUGCUUGCGCAAUACGGCAUUUUGAAAAACGGAAAGGUCUUCAUCGAAUCUUCCAAUGCAGCAUUCUUCGAAACUGCCACUUCUCAGAAGGAGUCCAUCGUUUCGUUGAUCAAAGCCAUUGAUGAAGUCAAUGUUGUGAAAGCCUCUUCAGAUGUCCCAGAAGGUGCCGUUUUGCAAGCCGUAAACCCUGAGGUCAAUGUCCACGUUUUGGUGAAAGGACAUGUCGACAUUGACUCUGAAAUUUCCAAGACUCAAUCUAAGUUGGAGAAGGCUCAGAAGACAAAGGAAGGUAUUGAGAAGAUCAUGACAAGUAAGGACUACGAAGCUAAAGCUAAUGACCAAGCCAAGGCUUCCAACAAGGCUAGAUUUGAAAACACAUUGGCCGAAAUUGAGGGUCUGGAAGCUACGAUUGCAAACCUGGAACGCUUGAAGUUGUAA